AUGGCCGACGCCAUGUUACCGUCAUUCGCGCCGAAUUGCGCGCACGUUGCGGGGAAGCUUCUGGCUCCGCCGUCCCUAUCCACGCCUCGCUCGUCGGCUUCUUCCACGCCCCUCCCCAUGUCGCUCUCAUCGCCCUCCGUCUCUGCUGCUUCCGUCGCCACGCCUUGUCUCUCGAGCUCCCCAUCUGCGCCGCUUCUCGAUCGCGUGCCGACCGUCUCGACCAGCCUCCCGCAAUUCGCGCCUCUCUUCGUGGAACCACCGCCGCCGUCAUUGCUGCCACCGCCGCCGCAAUCACCGCGAACGGCGCCGCCCCAAGCUUCGCAACCGCCGCCGCCAUCGCCGGUGAAGCCGAAGCAACAAAGCGCGAAAAGCGAGAAAACCGGGAAGAGUUGGACUGCUGCGGUGACGUUCGGCGUAGGUUCGAGCAUCGGAGUGGCAGCCAUGGUCGGCGUGCGCUUCGCAGGCUACGGCGCGCAGCCGUCUCUUCUCGACCUCUUCUCGUCGCUCGGCGUUCCGCUCUAUAUAAGGAUGGUCGAGGCCUGCGCGUUGUCCCUCUGGCACCUCUCUUCCGCCCUCUCCUUCCCUCUCUCUCUCCCAGUGUCGUCACUCUCCCCUUCUCUCGACCGACCUUUCAACUUCCUCCUCCUCCUCUUGCUCACCGCUCUUUGCGCCGCUGGUGCCGCGCUUCUUUUACCACCCUCUACUUCCGCCCACGGCGCAGCUUCGCGGGUAGGAGAGCGGAGCGGGGCGGGGGUCAGCGGGAGGAUCGGCGGUGGCGGCGGCGGUGUCGGUGACGGCGAGGGAUUGAGGGGGAGCAAUAGCGACGCGAGCGCAGCGGCAGAGGCGACAGACUUAGCAGAAACGGCAGGGCAGUCGGGGUUAGCCACAGAGAUGGGCGGAGCCGCGAUUACAGUGGUCGAUGCGAUUGCGUCAUCUGCGCCCGCGGGAGCGGCGCGGAGGAGCGAGGGAGGCUGGUGGUGGGGCAGUGGCUGGUGGUGGCGCGUGAGUGUUGACCCCACGGUUGGUGGCGCGGCGGACGGUGCGACGGACGUGUUGCGCGAGGGACUGGGCUCCGGUGUAGGUGGAGGAGCAACCGCAGCAGCAGCAGCAGCCGCCGCGAGGAUGACGAGGAAAAUCGGCAAUCUGAGCGUCGAAGUUCCCGAGGCCUUCUUUCUCUCCGCGCCCCACCAGCCUUCCCCCUCGUCCGCGUCUCCCCGCGUGUCCUCGCCCUUCUUCACAGCAUCAUCGCCCUCGUCUCAGCGCAUCGCCUUGCUCCACCGCGCAGCUGAUGCCGCCGCCGCCAGCGCCGCUGCCAGCGCCGCCCUGCUCUCCCCGCUUGCCACGUGUCCAGCCACUGAUGCCGCCACUGCUGGCGCUGCUCCGGCCGACGCUGAUGGUGCAGCGGCGGCGGCGGCGGCAGCAGCAGCAGCAGCAGCAGCAGCAGCAGCGGAAGCGUUUAUGGAGAGUGACAGGGGCGAGGUGAACUCGGGAGACCUGGCAGAUCUGAUGCUGCACCUGGACUGGUCGUAUGACGACGGGCUGGGCCGCUGGGACAGGAUCAUAGACAGGGAGAGUGACGAUGUGCAGUACGAGGCUUGGAGGCGCGACCCUAAGAAUGGCGGCCCGACAGAGUACCACACGCUCACGCGCUUUCCCGGCAUGCCAGCGCGGCUGGUGGCAGCAUAUUACACGGAUUGCACAUACCACCUGCAGCACCAGUGCGACCCCGUGCUCAAAGCCUUCUCCCCGCUCUCUGCCUGCCCCGUCACAAGCGUGCACAAGGGCAGGUUUGAACGAAAAUACCCGCUCUGUGCUGCCCGGGAAUAUGUUUUAGCGUGGAAGGUGUGGGAGAUGUGGGGGGGGAGUGGAGGUGGAGGCGGUGGGAAGGAAAGGGAGGGGGAGGAGGAGGGAGGGGUGAGGGGAGUGGAAGGAGGGGAGGUGGUGUUCUGUGUGACGAAGGCAGUGGAGGAUGAGACUGUGCCACGCAAGUCGAAGCCGAAGCGGGUGGAUAUUUACAACUGCGGAUGGAGAGUGCAGGAUGUUAUCCUGCCGGACGGGCGAAAAGCAGCCGAGAUAGAGAUGGUGGUGAGGGAUGACUGUGGCAUUCAGAGGGACAUGGCCAAGAUGGCGUUCAGGCGCGGCGCAUGGGGCUACGUCUGCAACACACUCGCACACAUCCGGGGGUAUGCGCAGCUGCACCCGCACCUGCUGCUGCCUCCGCCUGCUCCCCCCUCGGCUGGGUUUGAGGCGCUGCUAGGGGAGAACAGUGUGCAGCAGCAGCAGCAGCAGCAGCAGCAGCAGCAGCAGCAGCAGCAGGGGCAGGAGCAGGAGGAGGAGGAGGAGCGGGCGAAGGAAAUGGACAGGGUGCAGCAAACCGUGUUGUUAAGCAAGGAGGGCAGCAGCAGCAGCAGAGUUGUUGACCAAGAUGGCAUGUUCCCUGCAGGAGACACGGCAGCAGCAGCAGCAGCAGCAGCUCGUGUUGCUGCACAGGCAGAGGUGUCGACGACACUAGCAGCAUUGUCAGCUUCAACAUCAGGAGCAGGUGAAGCAGGUGCGGCUCUGAGUUGGUCCCUUGCUGCCCAGGCAUCGCUGCCACGCCUCCUGCGCUUCACACCUCGCCCUGGCCUCUCCCUCUCGCGGGCAUUCAGCUGCCUCCGCUCCGCUGCUGCCGCCACUGCUGCCGGAAUCGGCAGCAGCAGAAGCUUCUUCGCUGCAGCCCCAGCACCAGGCUCCUCAGCAGCACUCUCAUUGGCGUCAGCAUCAGGGCCAGGAGGCUCAGGACUGGGAUCAGCAGCAGGGGCUUCCAUGGCCCGAACUUCUGAUGGCAAACGGGUGCUGCUGCUGAGGGGAGUCGUGCCUGUAGUGGCGGUGGCAGCUAUGGGGCUCGGUGUAGGGGGGUUGCUUGUGGUGCAUUGCGGUGCGGCUGGAGCAGCAUCCAAGGUGCUUCUUGCUUGCACCCUGAGGUCCAUGUGGGUGGGGGCGCAGCGGGAGAGUCCCCAGGAAGGCCCCUCCCAGGCUGGCCGCAAGGAGCCAAGGAAAUAA